AAACAAAAAUAAAAGGAUAAAAAGACAGCGCCUGAGAGUGCACCAAAUAAAGCAUCAUAUCUGAUUAUAUAUAAAUAUAGUAUUUCUCCUUCUUCUUUCUUUCGCUCCGUUCCUCAUUCUUACAAUUCUGAGUUCAUCAGCUAUUAUUUAUCCAGGUCUUUGCCUAUGGGUACUAAAUCGGCUGUUGACUUAAUGGAGUCUUUAUCUGAGGUUCAUUUUUCUGGAUUUCACAUUGAUGGCUUAGAGCAAAGAAAGGCUGGCACAGAGCAACCAACCACUUCAACAACUGACAUGUAUAAACAACCUUUUGUGAUAGGUGUUGCUGGUGGAGCAGCAUCCGGUAAGACAUCAGUUUGUGAUAUGAUUGUUCAGCAGCUUCAUGAUCAACGAGUCGUACUUGUUAAUCAGGACUCUUUUUACCAUAAUUUGACUCAGGAGGAACUUACAAGAGUACAAGAUUACAACUUUGACCAUCCUGAAGCUUUUGAUACUGAGCAAUUGCUACGUGUCAUGGACAAGUUGAAGCGUGGCCAAGCAGUAGAUAUUCCAAACUAUGACUUUAAGGGUUACAAGAAUGAUGUUUUUCCAGCAAGACGGGUAAACCCAGCGGAUGUUAUUAUUUUGGAAGGUAUCCUUGUUUUUCAUGAUCCACGAGUGCGAGCAUUGAUGAAUAUGAAGAUAUUUGUUGACACAGAUGCUGAUGUUCGUCUGGCUAGAAGAAUUAAGCGUGAUACUGCUGACAAUGCUCGUGAUAUUGGAGCUGUGCUUGAUCAGUAUUCUAAAUUUGUGAAGCCGGCUUUUGAUGACUUUAUUCUUCCCACCAAGAAGUAUGCUGAUAUCAUUAUACCCCGUGGAAGAGAUAAUCAUGUGGCUAUUGAUUUGAUUGUACAACAUAUUCGCACGAAGCUUGGUCAGCAUGACAUGUGUAAAAUAUAUCGUAACUUAUAUGUCAUUCAGUCUACUUUUCAGGUUGUAGAACAUGGCCUAGGCCAUCUUCCAUUUACAGAAAAGCAAGUAACCACUCCAACUGCAUCGGUAUACAGUGGUGUGGAUUUCUGCAAGAGGUUGUGUGGUGUCUCUAUCAUCCGGAGUGGGGAGAGUAUGGAAAAUGCUCUACGAGCAUGCUGCAAAGGUAUCAAGAUUGGGAAAAUUCUUAUUCAUAGAGAAGGUGACAAUGGUCAACAGCUAAUAUAUGAGAAGUUGCCUAAUGACAUCUCAGAUAGGCAUGUAUUACUGUUGGAUCCCAUCUUAGGCACAGGUAAUUCGGCAGUUGAAGCAAUUUCUUUGCUUUUAAAGAAGGGUGUACCAGAGUCCAACAUUUUAUUUCUCAAUCUCGUAUCAGCACCUCAAGGUGUUCAUGUGGUCUGUAAAAGAUUUCCGAGAAUAAAAAUCGUGACAUCUGAGAUUGAGAUUGGUUUGAAUGAAGCAUUCCGUGUCAUACCUGGCAUGGGUGAGUUUGGGGACCGGUACUUUGGAACAGACGAUGAUGACCAGCAAGCUUCACAGUAGUUAUACUUGGGGGGAAAUUCACAAAAUUUUUUGGUUCAUCAUCAUUAAAGAGACUUUUACUGCGGGAAGGGGGCUAUAAAAUUUGCUGAAUUGAGACUCUGCUGGGCCCCGAGUUAUUGUUCUAAAUCAAUUUUGAUCAUAAUCUUUUGUUUGUUUCUAUAAACAAACGCAUAAUCGGAAUAUUCCAAUGCAAAUUCUGUAUUACCUUUUUUUAUUAUACCAAAAUUUUUCUUUGAACUUAUUCUUUGCCGGACACUGGCUUAUCAAGAAUCAAGAUACAUGUUUACUGUCCA